AUGGCGGCUACGGACAUGGUCACGCCCCUGCAGUGUCCUCCCAAAGCAUCGUGCUGCACCAAAAUCAAGGUCAUGUGCAACACGCUCCUGUUUACCAAUACCAGCCUGCUGUACUCCAACAUCAACCUCUGCACUACGCCGCACCCGUACAACACCAGGAUUAUCAUAUUCAACGCUGUCGUCCACCGCGAAGGUCAUGCUUCCCACGCCGUUCCUGUUCAUCAUUAA